AAAUUUCAGAGUACCAGCCUGUCUCAAUGACUGCAUAUAAGGAGUAGCUCCAGAUGUCUUGCAUCAAAGAAGCUCCUGUUGCUGUUCUCCUCCAGUUUAUUCCCUUCUUCUUCUUAGCCCUUCUCUGACUGAGACAUGAUGAACCAGCAGUACUUCGGGUUUCCUGCUCAAAGAUGUUUUACCUCUGCUUCUUCCAUUGGAGGCUGCGGUGGGAUCAGAAUGAGUGAGACAUUCCAACCUUUUGUGACCACCGGAGGGGGAAACACCAGCAGAAGUUUUCAUAACUUUGGUGGAAGAUAUCGGAUCUCCUGUUGCCCAGCAGGCCACGAAAGAAGAAGCUGUCAAGAUGAUUUGGGCAUAGGAAGUGUGGUGGGGCACAGCAUUCCUGCAAGUGUUUUUGGCCAUAGAAGCACAGCCAGUCACUCUGCCGGCUGUAGAAGCAAUGGGAUCCGCAAGAUUUACACUAACAAGCAUCUCUUAGAACCUCUCUAUCUGGGGGUCGACCCACAUGAUCAUCAAGUAAAAGCACAUGAGAAGGAGCAAAUAAAGGACCUCAACGAUCAGUUUGCUUGCUUCAUUGACAAGGUUAAAUCCUUGGAACAAAAGAACCAGGCGCUGGCCACCAAAUGGGGGCUGCUGCAAAACCAGGUGAUUCCAAUGGUUAGGAAAGAUCUCACGCCCCUUUGUGAAAAUUACAUCAGCAACCUGACGAAAAAACUGGACUGCUCAUUGUGUGACAAGAACAAUCUAGAAAACCAACACAAAACCAUGCAGAGUCUGAUUGAGGAGUACCGAUGCAAAUACGAAGAAGAGCUCAACAGACGGACACAUGCAGAGAACGAGUUUGUCUUGCUCAAGCAGAAAGUUGAUGACGCAUAUAAACAACAGAGGGAACUGGAACUGAAGAAGGAAUUGCUGAAAGAAAAUCUCGAAUUCCUGAAAGCUUUCUUCGAACAGGAAUGUGCUGUGUUGGAUUGUCGACUCUAUGAUACCUCUGUGGUUGUCAACAUGGACAACAGCAGAUGCCUAGACAUGGAUGCCCUGAUCCAGAACAUUGAAGGCUGGUAUAAGAGCAUUGCUCAAAGAAGCAAGGAAGAGGUUAACCUCUUUUAUCAGAACCAGGUUGAGGAUCUCGAGAACAAACGGAGCCAGUUCCAUGAGAACCUGCAAACAAGCAACAAUGAAAUUGCAGAGCUGAACCGGGCAAAACAGAUAAUGCGGUGCCAGAUAGAAAGCGAGAAGAGGAAGAUUGCUUCUCUGCAGGCAGCCAUUGGUGACACUGAAAAACAUGGCGACUGUACUCUUAAAGAUGCUGAGGCUAAACACAAUGAGCUCCAGAAGAGCCUGCAGAAUUGCAAGGAUAAAUUGGCUUCCCUUUUGCGGGAUUAUCACGAACUGAUGAAUACCAAACUGGCCCUUGAUAUUGAGAUUGCAACAUACAAGACACUUCUGGAGGGAGAAGAGAACAGAAUACGUACAGGAGCUCCUGUGAGUGUGGCUGUGAUGAACACUACUUGUGCAGCCCACUGCACAGCCCACAAUGUGCAACAGUAGCCUGAAUUGAAGCAAGCAUUGUUGGAUACAUAUAUGGAAUUUGAAUGUUAUUAGUAGGACUGGCAAAUGAAACGUCAAAAGAGAAGCUGCAUAUCACCAGCAUGAUUGCUAGGAUAUUUGUUCUUCUAAGGUAUGGGCAGCUGUGCAGCUUAAGGUAGAAAUCAAUUGUGGUUUUGCUAUAAAUUAAUCCAGAGCUUGGAAAAGUUACUUUUUUGAACUGCAGCUCCCAUCAGCCCCAGCCAGCAUGUCGCUGGCUGGGGAUGAUGGGAGUUGUAGUUCAAAAAAGUAACUUUUCCAAGCUCUGGAUUAAUCACAUGAGACGGUUGCUACAUGUGGACGUUGUAAUAAACCACAACAGGAACAAGCCUAGCCUAGCUUUCACUUCCGCUUUUUAUUAACUGUGGCUUAUUGUUUCAUCCAAACCCAAUAAAUUGUGGUUAAUUUUAACUAUGGUUUGCUUGAAAGAAAUGAACUUCAAACCACAGUUUAGGAAGUUAGCUUGUUUUCGCUAAUCAGUGAAGAUUAACCACUAUUUGGACUGUGGUUCAUUUAAAAUGGAAGUGGAAACUUCCAAUUUCUUCCUCACAUCCAGGCUGUAGGAGAGGAGCACAUGAGCCCAGGGGGAGUCAGAGCAAGAAUUCACACAUGCACGUUUCCUCCUUAGUGCCAGCACAAUCAAGCAAUGACUUGUUAAAACCCCAGAGACAGAGUUUUCACUAUAUCUCACAUCACAUAUCAGAGCACUUUUCAAUGGAGCCUGUUUGCACAUUCUGCUGAAAGCCAUCAAUCCAUGAGACCUAGAGUGAGGCAUAUCCCUGCGCAAAUGCGCCUUCAGAACCAAUUCAGAUUACCAUGAAGAGUUAAACACACCUAAUGGUCAUGGCUCCCCAUCCCAACCAUGACCUUCAAAAUUAUACUUUUAUUUGGGAUGUUACUUAGUCUUCAUUGUAUGUACUGUUCAAUAAAUUGCCACAGCUCUCUGCUUAUCUUGGCAGGCUGUGGUGCUCACACACGUAGCUCUGUGUUUCACUCUGCAUGAGUGAAUUAUGAAGAGCAGCAUAGAAACACACUGGGGCAAGAGGGGAUAGGCUAUCCCUUCUUGUCCCGGGGAAGAAAAACACAACCUCAUGAUGCACGUUAUGAGGAAAGCGAUGAAAGAGCAUGUAUGUAGGGAGGGGGGAGAAAUCUGAUUCAGUUUGCCUUUAUAGGCGCACCUACCAAAUUCAUGCUUUUCAAAACAAUACAUACACCAAAACACAGAAAUGCUUUGAAAUUUGCACUUCUCCGAGUUUUGCAGUUCUCCAGUCAAGCAAUGUGUACAAAGUGCAUAUACUAGGGAUAAAGUGUGCAUAAAAAAGCAUCUAUUAGCAAAGUGACAGCUGCAGGGAUAGAGGCACUGCAAAACAGCAUGGUCAGAGAAAGGCUUGUGCAGGUAGCCUCCAGUGUGAGCUUGGCCUUCCAGGUGAACAGCUAGUCAUGCAUGUGCAAGGUUUAGGUGUUUUCUCCCCCUCAAAAGUAGGGAAGAAAGAAUCAUACAGGUAUUUUCAGAAGGGUACAAAUACAUCAAAUUCCACAAUCACGUUAACAUGAUUGACAUCUGCAAUAACCCAGUAUCUUAGAUCUGCUUACGCAGUGAUCUGAACAAAUUAUGGAAAUUAUAUAAACCACAAUACAUCUCAUUAUGGUCAGGUAGAGAUUUUAUAUGUACUGAGCUCUUCUGUCCUCUGAUGACUGGUAUGUUGCUUAAUUCCCAAAGGCAAAAUUAACAUCCUUUUGGGUGAAAUCUUGGCUUUGUUUAAAUGAAUGUCUCCCACUGGCUAAGCAGACAAAGUGUAUGUGUGCGUUGGGGGGGGGGAUACCAGCUUAUUGAAUAUGUAGAGUCAGCCAGGGAUUGAAACAGAAUUUAUAACACCUAGGGUAAUAAUGAUGUAUAUGCAAGUUAAUUAGAGUAGUGUUAUGUAGAGUUAAGAAUAUAUGUUAGAGCUGUCUGACUUAAAUGUAAUCCUCUCUUUUUAAAUUACUUGUCUAUGUGGGCCAGAUUGCCUCCAUUACUAAGGGGCCAGCUACGGACUUCUCCCAACUCAGGGAUGGGGAAUCUGGUGCCCUGCAGAUGUUCUCGGACUUCAACUUCCAUCAGCCCCUGUGAGCAUGGCCAAUGGUCAAGGAUGAUGGGCGUUUUACUCCGGCAACAUCUGGAGGUCCACAAGUUCCCCAUCCCUGCCCUAAUUGCUGGUUUACGGUACUCCAAAUACUGGUGGUGAAGGAGAGGAACCAAACAGAUUCCAGAUUACCAGGGGAAGCCUGACCUUUCCUUACCUAUGGGAGAAUCAUCAGCAAAAGCUAUGGUCACUAAAUUCCAUUUAGCAGCAGGGAGGCAGUAAGGGACUCUGAUUCUUGCAGCCUAUGUCUUGUAACUAAGGCUGUUAAAGCACAUCCCCCAUCCCCAAGAAGCCUCAGAACUGUAGUUUGUUAAGGGUGCUGGUAAUUGUAGCUCUGUGAAGAGUAAACUACAGUUCCCAGGAUUCCUUGGAGGGAAUGUGCUUUAAAUGGUUUGUAUGCAGGCCAAGUAAGCAUAAAUGCCUGCUGGUGUCAUCUAGAGCAGAGUUGUUCAACCUUGGGUACCUAGAUGUUGUCAGACUACAAUUUCUAUCAUCCCUGACCAUUAGCUAAUCUGACGGGGGAUGAAGGGAGUUAUUGUCCAUCAACAUCUGGGAAUCCAAGGUUGAGAAACACUGAUCUAUUAAGUAUUACGUUUAGGAACAAUGCUUUGCUUUUAAAAAAAAAAUCUCCCAUUGUAACUUCAUGUUAAUUUGUGUAUUUUAAUUAAUAAACCAUACCUCUUGGUUAAGUAAA